CUUCUUUCUCAAACCUUCUCCAUUCAUAUUUAUAUAAAUGCACACACCAGAUCUCUUCCAACCCAAUCCCCAUUAAACUCCUCCACCUACAUUUUCAGUACUUCUCUCUCCUUCCCCUUCUCUCCUCUCUUCCAUUGGCCUUGGCUCUGAUCUCUCUUUCUCUCUGAGCAUGUCUUCUCGCAUAGUUGCAGAGCCUGAGAGCUCAGAUACGGCGUCGUAUCUCAGCUCCAUCGAGCUUAACAGUUUUCCCAGUCUUCCCACUGAUCAUCAUCAGUCUCCCACGCUGGGUCAACUUCUCAAGCAUGUCGGAGAUGUACGCAAGGAAGCCACCGGAGACGGCAGCGAGACGCCGCUGCAUCAUGCCCUUGACGUCGGAGAUGGCCAUGCCGGACUUGGGCCUCGUUCUUUGCCUUUCGUGCUGUCUUUUAGUAAUCUAACUUACAACGUCAAGGUUCAACGGAAAAUGAACUUGUCGGCGUUGUGUUCGCGGGGAAGAAAUCGUCUUGGUGCUGCCGCCGCUGAUGAUACGAUCGGUGAAGAGAGCUUCUUCUCGAGAACAAAGACCCUUCUGGAUGACAUCUCCGGCGAGGCCCGGGACGGUGAGAUCAUGGCCGUGAUGGGCGCUAGUGGUUCCGGCAAGUCUACUCUCAUUGACGCUUUGGCCAACCGUAUAGCUAAGGGAAGCUUAAAAGGAACAGUGGCUCUAAACGGCGAGGCCAUGAACUCGCGGCUUCUGAAAGCGAUUUCAGCUUAUGUAAUGCAAGAUGAUCUGCUAUUCCCAAUGCUCACUGUCGAAGAGACUCUCAUGUUCGCGGCGGAAUUUCGAUUACCUCGAACCCUUUCCAAAUCCAAGAAGAAGAUGCGAGUCCAAGCUCUGAUCGACCAGCUCGGCCUCCGCAACGCCGAAAAUACUGUCAUCGGAGAUGAGGGCCACCGUGGGGUCUCUGGAGGCGAACGCCGGCGCGUGUCCAUCGGCAUUGACAUAAUCCACGACCCCAUUGUCCUCUUCCUCGACGAGCCUACCUCUGGACUGGACUCCACCAGCGCGUUCAUGGUGGUGAAGGUACUUCAGAGAAUCGCUCAAACCGGAAGCAUCGUGAUCAUGUCCAUACAUCAACCCAGUUACAGAAUCCUCGGACUCCUCGAUAGAAUGAUCUUCCUGUCGCACGGGAAAACAGUCUACAGUGGCUCUCCGACGCAGCUCCCUACUUUCUUCGCCGAGUUCGGCCACCCGAUACCAGAAAAUGAGAACCGGACCGAGUUUGCGCUUGAUCUGAUUCGCGAACUCGAAGGCUCACCAGGUGGUACCAAAAGCUUAGUUGAGUUCAACAAAUCAUGGCAGAGCAAGAAGCAUAUUGAAAAUUCAAGCUCUAAUCUCAGUCCUGGACAGAGUUUAUCUCUGAAAGAGGCCAUCAGUGCGAGCAUUUCGAAAGGGAAAUUAGUUUCAGGCGCGACGAACACGAACACAAGCACAAGCUCAUCAUCUUCAUGGAUGGUUCCAACAUAUGCGAACCCAUUUUGGAUCGAACUGGCGACUCUGUCAAAACGAUCCUUCACCAAUUCUCGCCGGAUGCCUGAGCUGUUGGCAAUGCGACUCGGCACCGUUAUGGUGACCGGAUUCCUCCUCGCCACCGUGUUCUGGCAUUUAGAUAACUCCCCCAAAGGAGUUCAAGAAAGACUGGGCUUCUUCGCAUUCGCCAUGUCCACAACCUUCUAUACCACCGCCGACGCACUUCCUGUGUUCCUUCAAGAGCGACACAUCUUCAUGAGAGAAACCUCCCACAACGCUUACCGGCGAUCAUCCUACCUCAUCUCUCACGCUCUUGUCGCCUUCCCUCCAUUGAUCUUCCUCUCUUUAGCCUUCGCGAUCACCACCUUCUGGGCAGUUGGCCUCGACGGAGGUUUCUCCGGCUUCGGCUUCUACUUCGCCAUCAUCCUGGCCUCCUUCUGGGCUGGAAACUCCUUCGUCACCUUCCUCUCCGGCCUGGUCCCGCAUGUGAUGUUGGGCUACACAAUAGUCGUCGCCAUAUUAGCCUACUUCUUGCUCUUCAGUGGCUUCUUCAUAAACCGAGAUCGUAUUCCGGCGUACUGGAUAUGGUUCCAUUACAUAUCUCUGGUGAAAUACCCAUAUGAAGCGGUUCUUCAGAACGAAUUCGGCGACCCGUUGAAGUGCUUCGUGAGGGGGGUUCAGAUCUUCGAUAAUACGCCAUUAGGGUCGGUGCCGGAGAUCAUGAAGGUGAAGUUACUCAAGAGUAUGAGCGAUACGUUAGGUGUGAACAUAACGAGCACGACAUGCUUGACCACCGGUUCAGACUUACUGCAACAGAACGGCGUGACGGAUUUGAGCAAGUGGAAUUGCUUUUGGGUCACUGUGGCUUGGGGCUUCUUGUUCAGGAUUUUGUUUUACUUCUUGUUAGUGGUGGGAAGCAAGAACAAGAGAAGAUAAUUAGAGAAUGAUAAGGUAAUAAUUAAUUAAUGGCUUGUUAAUUAGGCCCAAGCUAGGCCUGCUACAUGCAGUGGUGGAAGUUUAAUUAAUUUGUGUAUUUUUUUAUGUCGUUGUUAGUUAUGAUGACUUUAUUUAUCAAGAUAUAUACAUGUUUAUUUGAAGAAGCUUGUAAUUUGUGAAAGAAAUAAGAUUUUCACAUCCAUAAUUUUAUAUUUUUC